AUGUCCUCGUUUACACCAAGACCAGCGGAAAGAGUCGCCGAGAACACCCCGUCAAUCUGGUGAGUCCUACACUAUCUUACAUUCAUUUGGCUGGUGGUUACCGAUUUUUGUUCAGGGUCGAGUUUACCACUUUGGCUGCGGAGACCAAGGCUGUAAACCUGGGACAGGGGUUCCCGGACAGUCCGGCACCGAAAUUCGUCACUGAUAUUCUCAAAAAGAUUGCCGAACAGCCAGAACUCACCGCUGGACACCAGUACACCCGUGGAUAUGGACACCCGGCGCUCGUCGACAUUCUCGCCAAGAUGUACUCGCACUUUUACAACGUACAGAUUGAUCCGAUGAACGAAGUGUUGGUUACUGUAGGUGCCUACCUCUCGUUGUACUACGCCAUUCUCGGAUGGAUCAACAAGGGAGAUGAAGUCCUGAGUGAGUUGUUAAUAAGGUCUAGACAGGAAAAAAGGUUAUUUAAACGAUAGAGUGUUAUCAAAAGACACCACACACCUUGACGCUAUAUCCAAACCUUAUUUCUUACAGUCAUCGAGCCGGCCUACGACUGCUACUACCCACAGGUCAAGUUCGCAGGAGGAGUCCCGGUCCCAGUGGUCAUGACAAUCCCUGAUGGUGCCACCAGCGCUUCGCAAUUCAACAUUGAUUUCGAGGACUUGGAGCGCAAAGUCAACUCGAAAACCAAGAUGCUCAUCAUCAACAACCCGCACAACCCUACGGGAAAACUGUUCUCGCGUGCGGAACUCGAACAACUUGCCGCCAUUGCAAAGAAGCACAAUCUCAUUGUCAUUGCUGACGAAGUCUAUGAGUUCCACGUUUGGAACAAGGAAGAUAUGAUUCGAUUUGGUUAAUAUUUAGUGGAUAAGAGUAAAAAUAAUAAUAACAAUUUUCAGCAAGUCUGCCAGGAAUGUACGAACGCACCAUCUCGAUCGGAAGCGCCGGAAAGGCGUUCUCGGUGACUGGCUGGAAACUCGGAUGGGCUGUGGGACCCAAGCAGCUGCUCGAUCCGCUGAAAGCUAUCCACCAGAACUGCGUCUUCACCUGCUCCACGCCAACUCAAUUGGCUAUUGCCGAAGCUUUCAAGAUUGAUUGGCCCAAGUUCUUGGAGGAUCCGGAGAACUCGUACUUGGCUACUGGCCUAUCUGGCGAGAUGCGUGCAAAGAGAGAUAAACUGGCCAGGAUGCUCGAGGAAGGUAACUUCCGCCCGAUUAUUCCGGAUGCUGGAUACUUCAUGCUCGCUGACUACACUCAUCUGAAAGAAGGUAAGGUGCUUGGGACGUGAAAUGUGUUCUUGUUUUGGAUUGCGCCCAUGAAGAGAGAUGAUACCGUAAAUUCGUCCACACACCUGAAAAGACAUAAUUAUUUGCGUUCAAUUUUAAAUACAAAGCGAAAGUAACUACUAAAUGUCUACACUUCCAGGCCUUAAACUCCCAACCGAACAGGAUCCGGACGAUUUCGUCUUCUCGAGAUGGUUGUGUCGUGAGAAGAAGCUCGCCGUGAUUCCACCGUCCGCCUUCUACUCGGCUCGCAACACAAAGAUCCAGAACAGCCACAUGGUCCGUCUGUGCUACUUUAAAAAAGACGAAACGCUGGAGGCAGCUGAGAAAAUCCUUAAACAACUCGGCCACGAAUGA